AUGGUGAUUUUUGCAGAUGACAUAGCAAUGUUUUGUCCGGCUUCAACAGCAGUAGAAUUACAAGCCAAACUGGACUUCGAUCUACAAGGUGUCAUGAAUUGGCUUCGGAACAACAAGUUGUUGCUAAACGUUCCCAAAUCAAAACUGAUGAUUAUCGGAAAUUCAAGAAAGUUGAAAAAGUUUGCAAACAUUCAGCUAAUCGCAAAUGAUGCACCAUUGGAAAGAGUCCAAAAUUUUAAGUACCUUGGUGUUAUUAUUGACGAGAAUCUUUCUUGGAAGAGUCACAUCGAAAAGUUACAGAUAAAAGUCUCACAACGCCUCGGCAUCCUGCGCAGAAUAAAGCACCUACUACCUAAGCAUGCACGGAUAAUAUUUGUCAAUACAAUGAUCACGUCAUUACUGGAUUAUGGUAGCCUGGUAUGGGGAGAUAAGAAAAACAAGAUUAUGAUGGAUAGUUUACAAGUAUUGCACAACAAGGCAGCAAAGUUGGUACUGGACAGACCAAUGCUUUCCUCUUCUAGUGAUGCCCUAAGAAUGUUACACUGGUCUACCCUGAAGCAAAGGCGAAGUAUACGUAGAUGCCUCUAUGUAUAUAAAUCAAUAAAUGGGAUAAAUGAUAUUGAUAACACAUUUAUCCGAAAUGCAGAUGUUCACGGUUACAAUACAAGACAUAAGAACGAUUUACGGCCAAUGAAAUCCAGUACUUGCAAAGGACUACUUAGAUCAAACUGUGAUUUCAUUGCGGACUGGAACCUUUUAGAUGAAAAUAUUAGAAAUUCGUCUUCUUUAUCUAAUUUUAAACGUGCUGUUUUUAAAUUUUUUAAAUCAAUAUAG